CGUCUACCCACCGGAUUACUCUAUCACUCGCAACAAUGGCACCCCCGAGCCCCAUCUUCCGCAUCUUUAAUCCGAACAAGAAGAGCAAAGAGGAACAGGCCGAGCAAAGGCGCGAGCAGCUCCGCCGGGCCCAAAACACAUAUCGCCAGCGCAAGGUCCGCUACGUCAAGGAGCUCGAGGGCGCCCUGUCCAAGUCGCAGCAGCGCGAGCACCAGCUCGCAGCCCAGCUCGACAACCUCCAGCGCGCCUGCGAGCACCACGGCAUCACCGUGUCGCCUUCGGGCCUGUCGCCCAGCCCGCCCCCGCAGACGCACGCGUCAGCCAGUCUUUAUGGGGUCACACCGGCAACCCGGGUCUGUGACGUCGAUCAGGCCACGCUCGGCAUGACGUUUGUGCUCAAGAUAGAAGAGCCAUGCUUGCACCACGUCCACGGCGAUCCCAAGAAGCCCGACGAGCCAUCAGGCCAUGCCAUGACCGCUACGGCUCACCUGCUCACCCUCCAGCAGGAGCAGCAGCAGCAGCAGCAGCAGCCCAUCGAGCAAUACUGCUCUCCGUCCCCACCCUCGCACAGGUUCCACUCCCGCUUCAUCAAGCCCUCGCCCGGGUCCAGCACAAACGUCUCCUCGACCGGCUCCUCGCCCUCGUCGUCGUCAUGGUCGUCCCCACUGCUGUCCUCUGCCACAGGUGAUACUCCGCCAGCGGUGAUCCUGGACCGGCUCCUCGCGCUCGCGCCAGACGUUGUUGCAGACGAGGCCAGCAGUAGCGACGGCAGUGGUGGCAGUAGUGGUGCUGGAAGCGGUCUCACCCCGAUCCAGGCUUGGGAUCAGAUCCGCCGACAGCCAGUGCUGGGUAGUCUGAGCCUGGGGGCUAUCAUGGGACUGGCGGAGAAGCUGAAGGACGAGGUGAAAUGUCACGGCUUCGGCGCAGUGGUCGACUUCCACGUCUUCGAGAAGCUUGUUGUCGAGUUCAUGACGUCGCAGAUCUCGUUCGCAACUGCCUAAGCCAGUCGACUAGUACAUAUGCCUUGUGCGAUUUUCGAUUCACGAGAAGUCCAACCUCUUCGACCGGGCAAACCCAUUGACAGAACAAACUACGGCCAGGCAGUUCUAAGCAGCUGUCGCCUGGAGAAGCCGAGUGGCGCACAGAAUGCAAGGCAAGGUGCUUGAACGCUCGUAGCACAGACAUUCUGAGACCGGCAGGCCCAAUCUCUGAGAGCUGUAGCAAUAGUUUGGAAGGGACAGACACAUAUAACCAUUUGUGCAGAGCUCAUGAGUUCCUGAGAGUUGGGGAUGCCAUAGUUUCCUGACGCUUCAUCUGUGGUGAAGCCUACCCUGCUUGUCUAGAUCAACCCGCCAUUUUCUUCGAUAGAAUUCUUUUCCAUAGACACAGUUUCAAUUCCUCGAAGUCCCUUCCCCACCAG